UGCCAAGCGUGUGAGCCCCUCAAGAGCUGAUCGAUCGCCUGGACUUCCUCUUGUUAACGGAUCUCUCAUCCCCUUCACCAUCUCGUGGCUGCCCUGCAUUGGGCCAAGCUCCAGGCUCCCACACAUUUUUCAUCCGAGCUGGAGGAUUCUCAAGUGUUCUACCACUUGAGCCAAUGUUAGCUGACGGUCGGACUCCUCGGACCCUUGUUAAGGACGUUCGAGCUGGUCUCGUCGCAUAGGAAGCGCGAGAUUCUAGUGAGGAGUUCUGCCUUUCCUUCUCACUGGAGGCCUCCACUAAGCCCUCGCCUACAAAAUCAGUGUUAGAGAUCAACAGCUUCUUAUCUACAGAAGCGUCGUGUGCAUACCGGGCAUGGGAACACACUGAUGACGUCGUGAAUUUAGAGUCGUAGCUCGGAGGAUCGUUUGCUGAAGGUAGAACAGAAGAAGAGGUAGUUCCAGAGUGAUGUACAGGGAGGACCUGACAGCGAGGGCUUUGCAUCCGUAUAUUGUCGUGCUCAUGCUGGGAGUUGGGAGUUGGUUGGCGGCACGGGUAAGGACGGGGGGAAGGUGAAUCUGGAUCAGAAGGUUCGAGUGUCUCCCGAGACGAAUCCCCGGGAUAUGUACAAAACUCAGAGCUCAACAAAUCAGAUCCCCUUCUGCUCCGGCUAGAUGGCAGGGGGUGAAAAUGUGCGUCAGGAUCCGUAAAAGAUCUCGGCGAACAACUAGGUGCUUCAGUCCUUCGUUGCCGCUCCUCUGUUAUGCCACCUGCAUCUGAAGAUGCGGGCGACGGUCCCUGAUGGUUACGUGAUUUCGCAUAGGAUUGGGCAGGAGACGUCGUGCCACUUUGCAACGAGGGUUCAACUGUUCCGGCUAUUUUCGAUGAGGCAAAGGAAUCAGAGGUAGACAAGCUGUAAAAUUCUUCGCUGGUGGAUGGGGUUGAAAGCUUGGGAAAAUAUGAUUCCAGAGCACCGGAAUCAGAAGAAGUACAAAGGACAUCACUCAUUCGAACCCCCCCUGCUGAGCUAGAAGCCUCUUGAUUCAGAACUAUCGGAGUCGAACAAGUAGAAGCGUCAAGGACAACAUGCAGUUGCUUCAAGGGUCUUGUUGUACUUGGACGAAAAGAAUCAGAAUGUUGGAAGACAUCGAUCUCCCUUGAACCCAGUGCAACCCGAGGACUAAUGCUCGCGGAUGUGGAAGGAUGGGUAAGAUCAGGAAGAUCUUCGCUAGCUGAAAGGGGCGAGGAAUAUCCCGAGCUAGAAUACUCAACAGUCCCAAUUUGUGUCCUCGUUCUGCAACUGGCAGAAGGAUCAAGAGCAUCUUUCCCUCUUAACUUUCUUCCUGCUGAAUUAGCAGAGGGCCCAGAAGCGGAGAAGCCAAGAUGCUUACUUGCUCUUAGAUCAGACGGACAGCUUUCCGUUAAUGAAGCGGAUGUGGAGGAAAGAGAUGCCUCAGAUUUUUCCCGUGCCGUGGAUGUGGUUGAAGGUGAAGCCCACCUCGUUUGAGCAGAUUUCGCUUUACCCACAGAACCUGCGGGUGACGAGGGAAAACCUUUCCCUAUUCUAGCAGCACUAGACUUUGCUGCAGGAGGAGGAGGUUCGAGCCUCCACUUUCCGUUGACAAAUACUGGGCUCUUCUUGCUCGCCGAAGCAUCGACAGGGGAAGCAGCUCCUGAACUUCGUGCUUUAGUAACUGCUGAAACUGAGGGGAAAUCCCGUUUCUUCUUCGACCGAAGCCAUCCCCUUUUCUUCCUAACCAACCAACCACGUCCAUCACGCGAGGGCCGACCUUGUCGAAACAUGCCAUCAGAAUUCGAAUCUGCCGCAGACCUUCGCUCGAGCACUUCGGCAUCAUGAGGCAAAAAUUGCCCUGAAUUCGAACCGGAGCCAAUUUCAAAGCAGGGAACAACAUCUGCAGCCACGUGUGUUUCAGUUUCCUUAAACUUGAGUUGAGGUCUGGGGGACAAAAUCUGCGAAGGGUUGAGGGGGCGAGAAAUGUCCGGGAGUUUCUCGAGAGCCCAGGCUUUGAGCUGCCACCAGUCCGGCAACUUCGACUCCCGCACCUCUGAAUCGGAACCAAGACUAGAAGCGGGCGGCACAAGGGCUCCCGGAGCGCUACUCUUAGGGCUGCAGGGGCACUCUCUGCCCAUAUCCCCGGCCUCCCUGUCACCCCACCGAUAACAGCUGAUACUCUCGAGGCGUUUUAGGACGAGGAAGAUCACUGUCAAGGUCAGGAGGGCGUUCACUACACUGUCCACAUUUGCGGAGCAGAAGGUGUUGUCACAAAUCCAUAAAAACAUUUCCAACGUCCAGACGUCGGAUCGUCAGCGCAUCCACCACCACCAUCGCCACCAUACCGAUGUUACUCGAUCCCUCAUUUUUCAAAAUCUCUGCGCGCUUCCGGUCGUGCUUCAUCCUCGAUAACACGUGCCCUUUGGAGCGAAACGCUGCGUCAGUUGCUGCAAUCGGAUUUGUCCCAAAUGCUUGCAUUUCCCUGCUGCCCAGUAGAGGAUAGAGCCCAGGAAGAGAGGAUUCCCGAAAGCCCAUGGGGAGAUUCGUGACCCGGCCCAAGGUGCACGGACGUUGACGGCUUCCUUCCACACUUCAUUCACCGUGCUUCAAAUUGGUUCAAAUCCUCUGCUCACGAUUCUCGGCAAGGACAAGUUUUUAAUCUGAGACCUACCCGAGUAGCCAGACCCUCGUCGAUUCUUGACCGGGAAUUUUUUCGAGAAAAUAUGGGCCCAAUCCGUCACUAACCUGGAUCUGCUACUCGAAGCAUGUACCAGGUCUCUCCGCUCAAACAGCGGCCCGUCGAAGGGUUUGCAGACUUGGAAGAAAGUGUCAGACGACGAAGGCAAUUUGCUUCUCUCUUCGCGCCCCCUGCCAGCACUCCUCCCGUUCCUUCUGCGAGCAAGUUAUUAAAACCACCGAUCGAUGAACAAAGAAUUUUCCAGCGGUGAAGAACAUUUUCCCGACGAGUCGUGGAUGGGAUUCCCAUGAUUUCGUCAACACGGAGAUCAUUCGCGCUGUACACGGGAGACGGCGCAAAGAUUGCAAAAACCAUGCUGGCGCAGCUUUUUCAGCAUGACCGUGCUCGUCACUUCGACUCGUUGAUCUCCCGAGCCUUGUCGGGCCAAGAAGGCAGAAAAGCGCAAAGGAGAUCCUGUAACCAGCUCCGCUCCGGUGGGGGCAUGAUCUCCGGCUGAGCCGCCAAUCGCCGGACAUCCCCAAUCCAGUUAGACCGAAAACCUAACCGUCCGGGAAAGGUCGCAGGCUAGCAACGUUACGGGACGCAGGACGGGCGGAAGGCAGGCACGGCAGGAAGGGAGGAGAAGAAUGCGGCCAUGCAUGCAGAAGAGGACGUCGUCGUCGUCCGACGUAGUAGGCCGGGGGCGGAAGGAUGAACGCAGAGCGGAGGAGGCCGAGGCGGCGGAAGAGGGAGGAAGAUGAGAGGGUGUGGUGGGCAUGGCGGACAUUGCGGGCAUCACCAUCACCACCACCAACAACGACAACAGCGCAACAUUGUCAUUACCACUAACUUUGACAAUGACGACAACGAGCGCGACCGCGACGGCGAUCCAGAGGAAACUGCGCCGGCCCCUCGCGUCCACGAGUCCUGCAUCGGCACCAACUGCUCUCGGUCGCCGUCGCCGAUUCGACGGGAGUUCUGGGAGUCGAACAAGCCUCUGCCGGACAUCGUUAUUCGCAAAAGAGAACAAGCUCUCCGCAACAAACAGCUUCCGGAAGAGAACGAGACGAACGCUGCGCCUCGUGUCAUCGUUCGCCAGGGCCGACCACGUUGUCGGGGCAGGCAGUCUCGAGACCCUCUCUUCGUCUACAACGAGGCUUCCGAGUCGGGCACCUGCUGCAACGGCAGCAGCAACAGCGUUGAGAUCAAUGUCCGCAGUAACCAUCACACUCCUGAACCUCGUCGUCCCCGCAGCAACCACGCCAGCCCCGGACGCGGUAAUCUCACCCUGGACGUAGACGAACCUGCAGGCUGCGACGAGUCGACGCAGGGCUGCCGAAUGGUGACCGUGAAGAACAACAGUGGCCCCAACUCACCGCGGUCGGUGAAGUUCAGUCUCAACGAGACCACUCCGCGAGUGGUCGUUAACGACUGCGCAUCGCUGUGCUGCCCCACCGUGGAGCAUAGAUCUUGCAGUCCGUCGCCGUGUCCGCCGUGCCAUUACCAGGACCGAGCCUGCUCUCCGAUACCAAGCCGGUCCCAAAGCCCGUGUUUAAAAAGAAGCCGCAGCCACAGUCGGAGCAGCAGCCGCGGGAGCGUCGAAUUACACAGCGACGAGAGAUGCGUAACAGUCGACCAAGACGACGACGGCAGCGUCAGUAUUCAGAUUUCAUCAUCUGAAGACAACUCGCCGACUGCCUCGUGCGCUCCAUGCCCUCCGUGCCCCGAGGAGUGCUGUGGGAGCCCGUGCCGGACUCCCACGCCCUGCAGCCGAUCAAGAAGCCCGACCUGCCGAAGCAGUGACCAGAAUAGUGUGGAAAUCUCGAGCGAUGAUGGAGAUGUGCAGGUUGAGUGGCAGGGAGGGAAUGAUGUGAGCCUGCAGGUGGAUUUGGAGAAUUCCGACGAGUGCUCGACUCCUCGGCGCGUGAACGUGCGAUGCAGCCGCUCCAAUUCUCCUCCACAUUGCAAAUCCAAAUCCAGGUCCAGGUCCAGGUCCAGGUCCGGAAGUCCGAGAUCUCGUCCUCCAUGGGACAACACAACUUUACCGUGUGGGAAGGGCGCUCUGCGACUCGACCGUCCUCCUCCGCCUAUUUCUAAGUCCCGUUCUCCAUCCAGGUCCCCGUCCAGGUCUAGAAGCCAUACGCCGAAGAGUAGAACCCCGAGAAGCAUUGAGAUUCAUAGCUCCGACGAGAGCCAAUCUUGUGUCAAGAUAGAUUGGGGGUAUCAGUCGGAAUCCGUGGACAGCCAUAGCACGUCCGGUUCUCCUCAGAGGCGAGUGUGUUACACUCCAUGCAGAAGCCGAUGCUCAUCUCCCUCCACUAGCCGACGUUCGACUUCUAGGUCGAGGUCCAGUAGCCCUUCCGGAGUGCGAAGUAGAUGCAUUGAUAUCCAAGACUCUACUCCUGAUGGACCCCAGGUCACCAUCCAUAGGGAAUACUUAUCGUCGACCGAAGGGUCCUGUAGAUCUGAAGCAACAUGUACACCUCGGGUGCCGGCGUGUACAUCUAGACCGGCAACUGCACCACAUUGCGGAGCUAUGAUAACAUGUGCCUCGCCCCCCGUAUGUAUCAAGCCUCUAUCACUGUGCCAUCCUCGUGAGCAUGUCACCAACUGCUGCUGCAACAGCUGCUCGUGCUUCUGCAACAGCGCUUGCGAUAGUGUUUCCGUUGUGAGCAGUGGCUGUCACGGAGGUCGUCACCACAGUGUGAUCAACUGCAACCACUGUCACCAGCUGCCAUCUCAUUGCACAUGCUCAGUGAGUGUUUCGUCCAUCAGCUCUAGUUCUUGUUUGCCAUGUCCAUGUAGCGUCAGCAGUUGCAUGAGAUCUUAUGUUCCCUGUCACCAUCAUCAUCACGUGCCAAAACCAGAACCGGUUUGCUCUCAGUUCUGCCCAGCGGCCGGGGAUAUUGUUAUUCGUGCUCAUCAAAGGCAUCAAGUUUGCCCACACUCGGAAAAGGAUGAUGGUCAGGUGGAGUUUUUCUCUCAUGAUCACAACUUCGCCUGUGGGUUAAGGGAGGGUGAUACCAUCGUCCGCCUUGGUAAGUUUGAUUCCAGCGGACGAUGGUGUGCUUCAGACAUUGUCGGAAUGUACAUGCUAGGCAGCCACGGGUUGUGGAUAUUUUUGGGUGAGGAGGAAGGUCACGAGUGCCUGAAACCGCUUCAGGCAGAUCAACACCAAAUUGUUAGAACAAUCAACAAGUGGCUCAGACCCAGAUUGGGAGAUUUGAUCAUUCACCCCUUACCUGGUCCCCGUUCCUUCUAUUUUUGGAACCCCAAGAAGAGGCUUGAAUGCGAUGACACUCGCCUUCUUCUCCGCGCUUUCAUUGGACCUUCACAUGUUGUGGAUGAUUCUCACGACCUUGCUUGCUGCUCUACGAGCCAUUUGCCCGUGGGCCAGGCUGAGCUUUACGUCAACGUGAGAAAACAUUGGCUUUUCUUGGGAAGGGAUGAUCAUAUGUUUACCCAAUGUGAGAUAAAGGGUUCCUAGAGAACUUCCCUGUUUACAUAAACUCUUUUUCCGUUUCUGACUUUGAUUGAGUAGAAUGUUCACCUGGGUGUGAAUUCCACACCUACCUUCUUGCUCUAGCUGGACCCAUCCAGUUGUCAAGGUUUAUGAGAAUGCUCGUGACAUAUUACCGAUGUCUUUGAACUCAUGCGCGGUGGAGUGUAUUCCUAGACUUGUGAAUAUCCUUUCGAAGGUCGAGCAUAUGUUGGAGUUGUACGUUGUAGGAACUUGCUGCCAUGGAUUCUUUGCAGUGUGGUAGUCAGAGGGAUAAGUAUCUCAGGCCUAAGAACUUAGCCAUCAUCAUCAUGAACUAAAUGUUGAGUACCAUAAUAACCCUAACACACCCUCGAUACCCGCAAAGGAUAUCAUCUGACUGGAGUCAGAGACGUCUCGGAUGUUCCCGUUAAACUUGUAAUGAGCAGUGAAUGCUAGCUAAGUCAAUACCAAAUUAAUUCACUGGAGAUUUUGCUAUUGAAAU